AUGUUAAUUGGAGUAUACUCCAAUCUCUUUGCAUAUCUUUACAACUGGAGCUUCCAGUUCCCAAAGUUGUACUUGGGUAUAUUUAAGGCUCACAUGCAACCUUGGAAUAAUCAAAUCCGCUUGCUUCUUUCAUUCUCUCCGUCACAUAAAUCAGAUAUAUCCAAAAUGUCUGCCCAGCGCCAGGUUGUGAACAGUGACCAAGCACCUCCCCCACGCCCUUUCUACAACCAGGCUGUCAUUGCCAAUGGCUUUGUCUUUUGUUCCGGUCAGCUUCCUAAAGAUUCUAACGGCAAAAUUGUUCAAGGGAACGUUCAGGAUCGAGCUGAGCAAUGUAUCAAAAAUCUGAAGGCAGUUCUUGAGUCUGCAGGAUCUAGUCUGAAUAAAAUGGUCGAAGUCAAUGUCUUCUUGGCUGACAUGGAAGACUUCGAAAAGAUGAAUGAAGUUUAUUUGAAAUGGUUUGGAGAGAUUAAGCCUGUCAGAACUUGCGUGGCGGUCAAGUCCAUUCCAGAGUACACAGACGUUGAGAUGAAAUGUGUCGCUCUCGUAUAG